AGGGCCGCCGGGGCCGCCAGGCGGGCAGGCCGGGGAGGCUGGCAGCGGGACGAGGUGAGGUGCGGUGCAGCGGGCGAGGCCCGGCGGCGGGCGGCCCCGCUCCGCCCCACGGCGCUCCCCGCCCGGCGGCCCCGCAGCCGCCGCCGCCGCCUGGGUCCGGCCCGCCUCCCCCCAGCACCCCGCGAGGAACAGCUCCUUUGCAGUUUGCAGCGCCGCAUUGAAAAGGAGAGGGAGAGGGAGGAGGAGAGGAAAGGAGCGGAGGGAAGCAGGCAGCCCGGAUCGCUGGUUACUGAGAGCAGUGAAGGGGCUGCCAGGACAAACUGAAGCUUUUACAAAACGUAGCUCGCUCAGGAUCAGGGUUUGUUGUUUUUUUUUUUUCCUUCCCCCCCUCUUUCUUUUAGCCGAGCGCACAGGAGGAGUGCCCUCACCCCAGCCUACACCCAACCUGUCGACCUGAGGGGCACCUGAAGCAGACAAAGCAGAAUGUACCAGGGACACAUGCAGGCAGUAGGUGAAACCUUGAAGAAAAAGUGGCUCUGUCUUCAAAAAAGUGACCUGACCUUUGCUUUGGGGAAAGGCUCUAGGGCGGCAGAUAAGGCUGUUGCCAUGGUGAUGAAGGAGAUUCCGAGGGAGGAGUCUGCAGAAGAAAAGCCCCUCCUUACUAUGACAUCACAGGGGUGCAGAAGCCAAAAGGAAGCAGAAGCAAGUGAAAAACUGGUGAAUGAGCAACAAGAAAGCAGACCCCUUCUGAGCCCCUCCAUUGAUGACUUUCUCUGUGAAACUAAACCAGAAGCUGCUGCAAGGCCUGUAACAUCAAAUACUGCAGUAUUAUCAACAGGUCUGGAUCUCUUGGAUCUUAGUGAACCUGUCUUACAAACCCAAAACAAAGCAAAGAAAUCAGAGAAUCCAUCAAGAAGUGAAGGCUUAAAAGCUUCAACCCACAGAAAGAAGACAGACAAGUCUGACCUUAUCAGUGUGGAUACUGAGCAGAAAGUGCAGACUGUCAAAGUUUCAGACAAGUCAUCACUAGAUUUAGUUGAUAUUCAGACACAGAUAGAGAAAUGGGAUGAUGUCAGUUUUCAUGGGGACAGGAGUAGCAAGGUCCACCCUUCUACAGAGCGAGUAUCAUCAUCAUCAUCUAGAGCUCCAUCAAAAGAGCUUUUAUGGUCCACAGAAAACAGAUCACAGUCUGAGCUGACUAAUGUCAAGAGUGCCUUGGAUUCUGAUUCAGCAUCAGAAUUAGAACUUGCACCUGCAAUACAGGCACGAUCAACUAAGGAGCAGCGUUGGGGAGCCCCUCUUCUCUCCAGAAAUCACUCCUUGGAGGAAGAAUUUGAAAGAGCAAAGGCAGCUGUUGAGUCAGACACAGAGUUUUGGGAUAAAAUGCAAGCAGAAUGGGAAGAAAUGGCUCGCAGGAACUGGAUUUCAGAGAACCAGGAAGCACCAGGACAUGUCACAAUUUCAACCAUUGAGAAGGGUUAUUAUUUCCAUACUGAGAAUCCCUUCAAAGACUGGCCUGGUGCUUUUGAGGAAGGACUGAAAAAAAUGAAAGAAGGUGACCUGCCAGUUACAAUCUUAUACCUGGAGGCUGCUAUUUUACAGGAACCCAACGAUGCAGAGGCCUGGCAGUUCCUGGGCAUAGCACAGGCUGAGAAUGAAAAUGAGCAGGCAGCCAUUGUCGCCCUCCAAAGGUGCUUGGAACUACAACCAAACAACCUAAAAGCUCUGAUGGCCCUGGCUGUAAGCUAUACUAACACUGGCCACCAACAGGAAGCCUAUCAAGCUCUAAGAAACUGGAUAAAGCAAAAUCCAAAAUACAAGUACAUAGCAAAAAGCAAAAAAGGGUCCCCAGCACUUACAAGGAGAAUGUCUAAGACAUCAGAUGAAAGCUCAUUGCUUGAAGAAGUCAAGGAUCUGUACCUGGAGGCUGCUCACCAGAAUGGUGACAUGAUCGACCCUGACUUGCAGACGGGACUUGGAGUUCUUUUUCACCUGAAUGGAGAAUUUAACAGAGCGAUAGAUGCAUUUAGUGCUGCUUUAACUGUUCGGCCAGAGGACUAUACAUUAUGGAACCGUCUUGGAGCAACCUUGGCAAAUGGAGAUCGAAGUGAAGAAGCUGUUGAGGCCUACACACGUGCUUUAGAAAUACAACCUGGCUUCAUUAGAUCCAGAUACAACUUAGGGAUAAGCUGCAUCAACCUAGGGGCAUACAGAGAGGCUGUCAGCAAUUUCCUUACUGCUCUCAGUUUGCAAAGAAAAAGCAGGAAUCUACAACAGGUUCCUCACCCUGCUCUAUCAGGCAAUAUUUGGGCUGCACUUCGAAUUGCUCUGUCUAUGAUGGACCAGCCAGAACUAUUUCAAGCUGCCAAUGUGGGUGAUCUAGACAUUCUGUUAAGAGCUUUCAAUCUAGAACCGUAAUAAAAGGUAUUCACAAAUGGGUUAAAUUCUAUUAGAUAACAGAGAACUCUUUUAUUACUCAUCUCCAAAUGACCACAUUUUCCAAAAGAUCAUGGCUGUAGAUCAGUAGGGGAAUUCUCUUGGACAUUAUUCAAAAAGGAAAAGUUCAAAAGCACAAAAUAUUGUAAAUAAAUUCGAACUCAAAAGGCUUGAAAUGAGCUGUGACUAAUCUGACAAAGCCCUGAACUAGAUGAAAUAACCAUUUCUGAAGAAUAUCCAUCCUGUGCAAGCUAUAUCUGUCUCUACAGACACAGCUAUACAAAGAAAUGCACAUUAAGAACAAACCUAGGUAAUCGUUAUUGCACAUUAGAAUGGCAAACAAUGCAUCCAGGGAGCCUGCUUAGCAGCUCAUCGCUCUAUGCUGACAUCACUUUGCCCUACAAUGUGGAUUCCAUAUCCUUCGGUUUCUUUGUUGAAAAGUUUUCUCAAGACCCACUUUUUUCCAUAGCUCUGAAAAUAGAUGCAUGUAAAAUUGAUGUAUUUUGGUUUGAAUAUAUUUAUUAGUUAGCAGACGAGAAAUGUUUUGCUUCCAAAGGUACCUUGGUUAAUUUGGGCCCAGUUCUGCGGGCUCAGAGUUGUAAACCAUGUGCAAUGUUAAGAGGAACAUUGUACAUGAUGGUCUGUGGGAUUAGGCCAUGUACAUAUGGGAAGGCCAAGUGUUGCCAGCAGAAGCAGUCAUUUGCACUAGAAUUGCUGCUGUUCAAACCAGCUCUCCUGAUCUUGGACAGGGUAUGUCUGUUUCAAAGGAGUUCAUAGCAGGAUCUGCACCUAUCUAUGUACUUAUGCACUUUAAUCUUUCUCUCUGUAAAAUAGUGCAAUGCUUUUAUUUUCAUUGCUAGCAAUGGAAUGUACAGGAUAGCCUUGUUGGCAACAAAGGACCAAAUAUCAUUUCCUGAAAUGUGAUGAGAGGGUUUUCAAUAUUCUUAUGUUUAAAGAAAUGCAAAUACAGCAUAAAUUGCAAUAUCUAUUAGAGAGAUUGUUCUAUUAUGCAUCCAUCAGGUACUAUACACAUACAUGCAUGUGCAUGCACAUACAUGUUGUAUGUGAUCUAUGUCACUGCAGAACAUAGUAAGCCACAGAUCUUUAUUGCAAAUAAAAGAAGUCUUCACAGGACUUCAUGCCUGCAGCCCAUGCUCAAGGGAAAACCUUCCCUGAAAAGAACUGGUCUAUACAAUGCUUGCAGUAUUGAGAUUAAGAUUCGAUCCUGCUGUUGCAGCAAGCAGUAGCAAAAGUCUCAGUGAUGUCCAUCACAGCUGAUUAAAUCCUAACAUCACUAUUUGUAGCUGAUCAAAAAUAUAAGUAUAGAUGUGUGUGUGUAUAUCUAUAUAUGCACAUGCACAAGCCCCAUGCUAAUUUUCCCUGAUGAGAUGAAUGGGGAACAGUACUGGGGGCAGUACCCUGCCACAGGAUGCAUGGAUGGGUUCAGCUUCAGCCAAACACACUUAGCUCAAGGUGAAUGCAUCAAUCAAAGGCAGGAAUAGAAAAUUUUAAGGAGAUAAUUUUCAGUUGCUGGUAUUUUUUCUAUUUUUCCUAAACAAUGAAGGAUGAAAAGUGCAAUUAGAUGCACUUUUCAUGGCUGAUGUGUUGAUCUGUGGUCAGGAAUUCAGUGUGCAGGGGAGCUAUUGGAAUGUGCUAGGAGUGGCACAAAUAGCACAUUUCCUAUAAAGAGCAGUGAAAGAAAAAAAUCCAUCUCAAUCAGCUGGAUUAAAAAAAAAAAAUCCAACUGUACAGAUGACAGAGAAAGAAGCUUUUUGGGAAUUGGACAGUUUCACCAGUACAAAUAAAGUUUCUUGCAGCUGUCUGUUAUUUUGAGCAACCACUUAAAGGAAAAUUUCAUGUAAGACGGCGUAAUUACUGCAUCUAAUCACCAACUAUAGUUUGUUAAAGAAAAAUAAUCAAUUCUCAUUAAAAAAUAAAAAGCUUACCCCUCUCUCUUUCCCACAGAAGAGAGAUGCUGAAACAGCUAUAGAAUUAUUUUUGAUAGUGCUUCAUUAAUUCAUUGUUUACUUAUAUAUUCCUAUUUAUCUAUCAAGCAUUUAAUAACUGAUUCCUGGCCCUUUCUCUUAAGGGCUGUUUACCAAGGACCAAUUGGGAAUGUCACUUUAGCUAAAUGGGCUGCUGUAUGCAUAUCUGCUGACAGCAGUUUGCUCUUUUGCUUUGACAGGGAUGUGUGAUGACAGCUCUUUAUUGAUAAGGCAAGAGCAGAAGGCGCAGUGCAAUUGAAUCUGGAAGGUGAUAAGAGAGAAGAGAGGCAGCUUUGAGAAGAGGCUGUAAAGCAAAGGCAUAAGUGCUUAGAUUUUGCUUGAUGCCCUGCCAUCACACAAGUUCUAGAAUAUCCUUCGUGAUGUGGUGUAAGAUAAUCAGUGCUUAUCCAGGGGAAUGAGCUGUUCAGCUUUAUUUUUAUACCUUUCAAAUCAAAAACCCCCCAAAACCUAUCUCCUUGACUUCUCAGAGUCAGAAUGACAAGGGUCAUUUGGUACAGACAGCAGUUCACUAAACCUCCUCCAGCACAUGGAGUAACAAUAAUUCUGCUAGGAAAGCCUAAUAACUUCUAGCCUUCCCCAGAAGAACCAAGUAGGUCAUUUUUUAUUUAUCCUGGGAUGCACUGCUCAAAACUGCAUUCAUCUGCUGAUAGGUGUCCACACCCAGGGAACCAGUACAAGGACAGUUGUAUGUGUAAGCCUUCAGACAAAUCACCAGGGCUGAACUCUGCUUCCCAAGGGCAUACUCAGGCCCCCAGCUCACCCCAAGUGCUGCAGUUCUCUUGCACUGGAUACAGGCUGCAAAGCCUGUCCAAACAGUGUGCACACUCUUAGAGCUUACCCUAGCUGUUGUCUCCUGAUUUAGAGAUCCUAUGGCCAGCUAACCACAUGCCACUACCAGAGACACUGCAUGAGUUAAAAACUAAAGCAGACAGAGUUGCAUAUCUUGGAGUAAGGGGCAUAUGUCCUCAUACUAAACAUAAGUUCUGGCCUGGUCUGUGUGGGAGACUAGCCAGUGACUGAGCUCACCUCACUCUAAACAGGUCCAGCUCAGCAACUCUUGGAGCUUCUGGGGACUUUUCAGUAUCUUGGGCUUUAUCUCCCUUAGCCCCCACUGCCAAGCACUGUCAGUGCAGAUGACAGGAAUACAUACAGCUUUGAUCUGACCUCCUCAUGGCGUUAGAUAUUCAGUGGUAAGCACACACAUUUGCCUGAAAGAGCAAGAGGAAACAUGUGAGAAGGCUGUGGCAUAUUAGCACUCUGAAGAAGAAAGCCAUCUACUCAUUCUUCUAACCAAACAUGAGGUAGGAUAAAUAAGGUUGCUGCUGAACAGCAGCAGAUUGAGCCUGAGAGUGAUAGACAGGAAAGCUGGGUCCUGCUCUCAGUGCUCCCUGUGAGCUCAACCAGCCCAAAACCUCCUGCCAUCUCUGACUUGCCCAGGUGUGCAAGGAAGAUGGGCAAGUAACAAACACUGCAGGGCUGCACGGGUGAGGUCAGCACUUGUGUGAAGUGAAAGGUAAUGCACAAACACAAAGUUGCUCAGAUCUAAGUGACAAAGUGGCUUCAUGCAGGGACUGGCAAUUUCAGCAGAGGAGACUCUGAGGCAUUUCAGGAUAACAGCUGAACAGCAGCUGUGGGGUGAUGCCAAAUUAAAGUGAUGCAAUGGUUUAUCAUCAUCAUCUCCCACCAGUUUCCCACUCUUGUUACUCCUCUCUUUCUCCAGAGAUGAUUUAUCACUGCCAGGUAAUUAAUUCCAAAUUUUUCAAUCUUUCUUCUAUUUUGUAUUUCCUGUGAUUUAAAACUGUUUUCCUAACCCCAGCUUGUGACUGACCCUCUCCUCUGCAAAGCUUUAUGAAUAUUUACAGCCUGCAAGUCUGAUCCAUCAAGCUGCUAAACACAAAGUCUUUGCAAGAGAAGAGUGCCCAGCACUUUGCAGGAUUAGCUCAUGUGCAUGCAUUCAGCGAUGGGACGAGGGCUGGCCUUUGAUGCUGCUGCACAUGCUGAGCAGGCACUGAAAUCAAAGUGACUCUUCGCGGAGCGAAGCCUUGCAGUGAAAGCAAGGGGCUAACUUCUGGCUGAUCUCUUUAAGCUAUGAGGAGUCUAGAAAUCUUGUUGCAAUAGACUGCUUUAUGUGGGUUUGAAGAAUCAAUGUACCCUUAGGUAAACACAUACACAUAUCUGUAUCUAAGGGUAUCUUAUGAUCUGAUAAAUCACAGCACUUGUAAAAACACUGAGGGGGAGGUUCAAAUGACACAGAGCCUCACGUGACAAGAUUGCAUGCAACUAUGUUAACAACCACACUGCAAUAUUAACACAAAGCAUGCAGCUAUACUACUUGAGUAUAUGUUUACAGAAUGCAUGCAGAAGGCCCACACAUAGGGUAUUUUUAAUCUAUUGAUUGGUAUCUUCUAUGGGAUGUUUUCAGAGUACUUUGCAUCUGCCAAACUCACAGCCGAGUUGCUCAUGUUACUUGGAACAAGUUAGACCCAAAUGCAGAGCCCUUUUUAACUCUCAUCCUUAGAAAUCACUUUGUGUUGUGGAUUUCAUGUUUGCUUCAAGUGUUUAAUUAAGGACAAACUGCAGUAACAGCUUAAGAAUUAAAAAGCUAAAUGUGCGCAGCUUCCAUAUUUUCUUCUAUUCUAAGCCAGAGAGCAUCAAACCAGAGAAAAAGAUUCCCAGAACCAGUGAAAAUAUUGUUCACACAUACUCACUAACUCUGAAGGCAGCUUGGUAGGUGACUGACCUAUUUGAAACAGGUAGAUGUAAACCUUCGCAGGAUCUGAGUACCUGCUGCAUCUACUGAUUUCAGCUGCAGACGCUGAAGUCAGCUGAAAGCUCAGAUCAUCAAAUUAAGCAUGAAGAACUAAUGAGCCAAUUUAUGGAACUUGUGCCUGUCAGGUGAAACAGAGAAUCUUGACAAGAGAUGAGCCAAGUGAUCCUGGGAACAUCUGUAGAGCAUGGGCCCCUGUAACACAAAAGCCACCAUGACAGAAAUCAUAAUUGAUACAAUUCCUGGCAGCUGCAGAGGCAAAGCAGGAGGCCUAAAAUCAUUGCCUGUUGGAGCCAGUGACAACGAGAGUGAAACACAAAUUGUUUGUAGAUCUCUUUUGCCCAAACAUGCACCUGCAAGAUGAGACAUUAGUUACUUCAUGAAUAACCUGCACGGCUGAAAAUAACAAUUUCUGGUCACCAGUGUUGUCAGCUUAGCAGUCUGUACAGUGAAUCUAUGUCCUAAGUGUUUCUAAAUUACCAAUACUGAGUAUUCACUGAUAACAGUGAUAGACAAAAUGCACAGCACGUUGUGAAAUAUACAUGGUGGGUAUGCAAUACUCUAUUAUCUGUUGUUCAAACCUCACCUAGGCUUGCGAUCAGAUUCCUUCAUUGUAGUUCUACAGGGUUUGGACUAGAUGAAAUAAAUCAGCAAAAAGGAGUGCCAUGCAUGAAGAGAUCACUGACACUUUGAACAAGCACUGGCAAAAUGAAAGACAAGCAUGUCACAGAAUCCACCGGAAGUUACAGAGCCUUAGCUCAAAGCAACAGGUAUUAGGCAUGGGAAAGACAGAAGGAAUCUAAAUUCUCCUAAAAUUAGGUGUACCUUUGCCAAUGCCUGCACAUGUGACAGCCCAUUGAGCAAGCUUGCAUGGUCAAGACUUAAAUGUGCUUUGAUCUUUCUUCCCCCCUCUUCCACAUUUAUAGAAUGCCACUGGCCAUCGGCUAAGCCCUUAAUUUAAAUAGCCUUUUUACUACCAGUAACCUGUUGUAAAUUCAGGAAGAGAAAAAAGAAUCAAACCAUUUAUAAAUAUAUUUUCUAUAUCAGAGUCUAACAUAUCUAGAGUAAAACAAAACGCUAUGGUUUUGAGCGGCAUUCUGCGCGGCUGCUUCCAUAUGCUGUCAACUGUUUGAAAACCUUUGCAAUCUUGCAUCAGUUCUUUUGGCUUUAUUUUUAAGCCAACCUACAGGGAAGAAGAGUCGAUAGGGCUGGCAGAUACUUUCGCCUGAGGCACCUGAAGAGCCUUGCUGCCGCGCAGACUUGCAUCGCUCACUUAACUCGGUGAGUUGAUGGUGAAGCGUGGGUGCAAGGCUUCGCAGGGAGGUGGGCGGUGGGAGUUCAGCCCUACACCUGAAUGUUUACAUUUCCCUUACAAAGGUUCAUAUGGACCCAGACUGAGAAUCCAAGUGUGAGUACAUAUGGAGUAAAAAGAUUAGUUUCUUACUACAGGUAACUUUGCCUCUGUAAUACUUAGUGCAUUAUCAGCUGUGUAUAAAAUUAAACACAGACCUGUAGUUUACUGAUGCUUUAAUUUGAUGUUUUCCUUGCACUGCUGUUGAAAAUAAUCAACUUCCUCAGAAAUGAGCGAUGUGCAUAUUGGAUGUGUUAACUUUACAUAGAUUACUAUUUGCAGAGCACCACAUUUAAUGUAGUAUUUUUGUACUGUAAUGGAAGCAUGCCUUCCUUGGGUUCUUUUCCACAUAUUAAAUUGUAUUUAUUUACCUGUAUUUAUAACUGUGCAAUUUUUAACUAUGUUUUAAAAAUAAACUUUGUCUGUGGCUUCAAAUAUUUCAAAA